GAACCCAGAACGCGACGCGACGCGACGCAGGCCCACCCCUGUGACCCUGUCCUGCAGAAAUAUUCAUUAUCUUAUAUUCAAAUAAAUAAAAUAAAAACCGACUGAAUUUGCUUAUUUCCGGCUCUUGUUGAAACCGCCACCCGAUUCCUCCGCUCGCCAAAUCCUCGCCGUGCCCUCGUAGCAAUUCCUUGCGUCGGCGCAUCAUCGCGGCCUCCUCUCCCUCUCUCUCUCUAUCUCUCUCAAUCUCUCCGUUGGCAAAUCGUUGAAUCGACGUGCUUGGCCCCGGCCGCUCUGAGCCCGCCGCCAGCCUCCUCGUCUGAAGAAGAACGACAGCCGUCGGGCUCCGGUGGUCCCGCCGAAGAACGGCAGGUAGCCAGCCGCGCUCAUCACGCCGGCGACUCGAUUGGCAUUGUAUUGGCCUUUCCGUUUGUUGUCAGAUCGAAAAGAAGAGGAAAGAAUCGGGAAGCCCGCCCCCCUGGUGGAUAUGCGAGGCCAUGUUUUUCAUGUCACACCCCCGACCGAUUCGCCUCGAUUUCGUUCUUCUGUUCUUCUGCGCCGCAAUGGCUCCUUCGCUCGUUCAUAUCUGUUAUUCUGUUGUGAAUACUCGGUUUGAGUCAAUGAUGCGAUUUCUUUCAUUCAAAAUCUUCUGGGUGCUCCUGUGUUAUUCUGAUUUAUUCGCUCUGUUUCGACGCCAGUUAAUCUAUCGUGUCGGCUGUUGACAAUAUCUUUGGUUUCUUGUCCGCGACAGAGUUCUCGAAGCAAAACGACCUGAUGAGAUUCCUCAAGGGGAGCAAGGUGGAGGUAUUGCAGGAGGCAGAUGUGCCGUUUGGUUCUUGGAGGCCUGGUGAGAUCGUCUCCGGCAAUGGACACGCCUACUUUGUGAGAUAUGAUGAAAGUCCCGUUGACUCCAGCGUGGCUGUUGAAAGGGUGCCAAGAAGGUUGAUGAGGCCUCGCCCUCCUGCGGAUGAUCCUGUACGCUGGAGUUUGGGUAGUAUCAUUGAGGCCUUUGACAGCUACUCGUGGAAGGUUGCCGAGGUGGUGAGAGUGCUUGGAAAGAAUCAAUAUCUAGUCAGGCUCCUUGGGUCCUCGCUGGAGUUGAGUGCACAUGCAUCGGUUCUUCGAAUGAGGAAGCUUUGGCUAGAUGACAUAUGGAUUGUGACUCAGAAGUAUUCUGCAAGAUGCUUGGAUGGUGGUGCAUUCCGAGGUCAAUCAAAAGAUAAAAAUUUAGACCAUAACUUCAGAAUGGACAGUCGUCAACUUGAGAACCAGAAUGCCUUUGAGGGUGAUACAUCUAGAGGCAUCAAGAGAAAAUCGUCUGCUAUAUCAACACAUCCUCAAUGCAGUGAAAUCACUAAGAGAUUGCGGACACCAAAUAGAGAUGGAAGGUACUCAAAGCUGGUUGAUAGAAGUUUUUCCCCUUUGGCUGAAAAGGUAGAUGAUGUUGAUUCCCCAUGCAUUAUUCUACGCGGGAAAUGCAUCCAUGCUGGUCAUAAAUGGCAUACUGGAACAACUGAAGAAUUUAGUGAUACAGAGAGUAUAUCAUCUUCUGUUGGCAGUUCUAGUCCUAACAGUACCCCUCAUAGAUCACAACAUUAUAAUUUGGUCUACCAAAGUGGAGAUAGCUGUAGUAGAACUGAUGAUGAUGAAGCUUCUACAUCUGAAAGAGAAACAUCAGAACAUGAUAACAAUGGGUCGAGGGAAGAAACCCAUGUGCUGGAAUUACAUGCUUAUCGCGCAACAAUGUUAGCCUUGCAUGCUUGUGGGUCAAUUAGCUGGGAGCAAGAGGCUUUGUUGACUAACCUAAGGUUAACACUGAACAUCUCAAUUGAUGAACAUCUAGCUGAAUUGAGGAGUUUGGUUACCCGUGCUGUUACUUCCAGAUAGCUUUUGUUGUUACUUUCCUGGUGGCAUUUCAUAUCUUUCAAAUUAUUGGCCAAGGUUGGAGGCUUGUAAAGCAUCCUUCCAUAGGUUCUUGUAAAUGGAGGAGUCUGCCACAUGUUUUGCAGUGCGAUAAAUGUGGCAACAUUUCCAAUGAACUUCCAUUGGUCAAGCUGGGUCAAGACUGGUUCCAGAUUAAUACUGGUUGCUGGAUAAAAUGGUCAAAUUAGAUUGGUUUAUCAUCCAAAGACAAAAAGGUGAUCUGCUUGUUGUGUGAUUUUUCACAGAACAAGCAUAUUUCUUCUAUGAUGGCAUGCACCCGUUUGACUGUCCAGAAGAGCACUUGAGGGAACAUCUGUAUCAGCACCGGAGUGUUUCCUCUUUCCAGCACCGGAGUGUUUCCACCAUCGUCAUUAGAGGUAGGACCCUCCCACAACCUAGAAGCAAGACCCUCGCACGCCCGAUCUGAGGAUGACUUCGAGGGAUAUGACGAUUGACUUCUCGAGUCAGACGAUGAACUUACAUUUGAUGCGCAACCUGAAGGCCCGGCUAACUGGAACUGGGUGGCUGAGCUACAAUAGGAGGUUCAAACUGAGCUGCCUGCUGAACUAAGUAUGAUUCAAGACGAAAACCACUCUAAGUAUGACCUCUCGGAUGAGGACGUCUCCGUGGAAGGGACGGACGCGUCCGAUGAUGAUAUUUUGGCAGAUAAUCAGGACCCGGCUGAUGAGGAUAUUGAAGAUAUCGAGCCGAAAGAAGAUGAGAAAGAUUCAGAGGAGCUCAUUGUUAUCGAUGAUGAGCCAUGGGCGCCAGAUCCAUUUAUUCCUGUUGUUCCUAAUCCGAAGACUCGAGCACCGGAGAUUCCUGUACCAGAAGCCCCUGCGCCAGUAGCUCUUGCUUCAGAGGGUCCCCCACAAGGAAAUACAAUGCCUGAGCUCGUCCCGCAACCGGAUUGGGUAAGGACAAAAUCUCACAAUCAUCAACUCAGGUGUGGCUGAAGACAAUAUUCGUAUGGAGACUACUCAAAUAUACCGCUGCCCUGAACACUGACUGAGCAUGACGCUGCCUUGAUUGAACUCGAGGAAUUAAAGAAGCAGAAUGCCCAACUGUGACUCAUCUGGAGAAUGAAGGACAACCUCAGGCUGCCGUGAAACUUAGAUUUUCCUGACUUGCAGCCGACUUCUAUGUAGACACAAAAUUGUUGGGAUUACAUAGUUUGGCCUUGCAUCAAGGAAAAGUUGCAGGUUAUCUGUACAGUAAUUUGCCAGUCGUCUUAUGCAUAUGAUGCAUACCUUUUUACUGUUCUAGUGUUUUGUAAUCCAGAUAUUGUAGCCGGUGUUCUUGGUGAAAUAUGCGCCAGGAGAGACUGAGACUUAUUUUGCCACCUUACUUUGUGCAAAGCCAGCUGCCCUUCAACUUUGCUGGACAGGCAAUCACAUAUUUUCAGAAGUGAAGCGGUAGGCCCCGGUAGUUCUGAUGAGCAAGCAAGUGAAAAGUUUGUAUGUGGUGUAUGACGAUGUACCUUGGAUCUCUUUACUUCCAAUUGAACCUGCACAUGUUCCUGGCUUCGUGUCAUCACAA